AUGAUAACAAACAUGGUGAUCAAAACGAACGACUCGGGAUAUUUUCGCAUCCUGGGGAACGUGCGAAAUUACCCCACGAAGCCCGUCUUCAGGAUCGAGGAUGUGUUUCCCUCCUGCGCCUGGAUCAGCUUCCAGUGGGAGCGCACCUUCAAGCCAUUCGGAUUCAUCGAGCUGGUUCAUGGCAAGUACCUGGCGUGCCCGCUGAUCGUGUUGCUCUACCUGCUCAUGUGCAGGUACGGCCCCGCCAAAAUGAAAAACAGAAAAGAGUUUGAUUUACGCAGAGUGGUCAUCUUGUGGAACGUCCUCUUGUCCCUCUUUAACCUGAUCGUCGUGGUGAAGCUAACCCCAGUCCUGCUAUACACAAUAUACAAAUACACAUUCACAGGAUUGCUCAUCAUCCCACCUAUAUACACCUACGCCUUUGGCACCCCGGGCUUGUGGAUCUGCCUCUUCAUCGUGUCCAAGUUCCUGGAGCUAGCGGACACUCUCUUUUUAAUUUUAAGAAAAAAGAAAAUCACGUUACUGCACUGGUUCCAUCACUCAACCGUCUUGCUCUACACCUGGGACACAUACUAUUCUGAAGUCCCUGCAGGAUUCGUUUUUAUUUUAAUUAACGCAUUUGUACAUACCAUUAUGUAUAGCUAUUAUGCCAUGAGCACUGUGUGGAGGAAGCCAUUAUCAUGGAACAUCUUAGUCACCUUGCUUCAGAUUAUUCAAAUGGUCUUGGGCAUCCUCCUAACACUUUACUGUCUCCACAUAACAUACACGUAUAAAUAUAACACCUACUGGGACCUCAGAUCGCUUAGAAAAAUGCAGAACAAAUUUACUUUCCACUAUGGCCACUACGUGUCCCGGACGAAUAUUGCUUACGCCGUGCUUAUGUACUUGUCGUACUUGAUCCUGUUUGGUAAAUACUUUUACCACCGCUACGUGUGCACAGUGCCCAAGCACGUGGGGAAGGAGAAGCCGGCCUGA